AUGCUAUCCAUCUUAUACAGUCCCAUCACAUAUGGGACAAUUUCCUUCGCCCUCGCCCUGUGCUAUGCCCUGUACCGAGCAGCUCUUCCCAAACCCCUCCCCGGCAUCCCCCAUCAUAAAACGUCCACGACCCGACUCCUGGGCGACAUACCACCCAUGAUAGAGUUCACCAAGAAGAACAAUGGUACCUUCACCGAGUGGAUGACGAAGCAGAGCGCCGAGCUCAACUCACCCGUGUACCAGCUCUUCCUCAAACCGUUCUGCAGGCCGGCCGUGUUUGUCACGGAUCCGCGAGAGGCGCAGGAUGUGCUGCUCCGGCGGACCGGAAAGGACUUUGACCGGUCCAACUUUUUCAAGAAUGCCUUUGUCGGGACGAUGCCGAAUCAUCAUAUUAUUCAGUCUACGAAUCAAAAGUUUCGAGCCGGCCGUCGUAUUCUUCAGGAUACGAUGGCGAGCGGGUUUCUGAAUAAUGUUGCUGCUCCUUGUCUCCACAAGCACACACUCUAUCUCAUGGAAUUAUGGAGGGUUAAAAACCAGGCUGGCGCAGGCCAUGCCUUUUUGGCCGCAGAGGACAUCAGUCAUAUGGCCCUCGACUCUAUCUGGGACGUAGCAUUCGGCAGCGAGCUCAACACCGUCCCCGAAGAAACCAGCUUCCUCAAAACCACCCACCACGCAAACUCCCACACCAUCCCCCUCCAAGACGACGACCCCAUCACCCUCCCCAAGCCUCCCUACAACGUGAACGUCCGCUCCAUGCUCAUCAUCACCGACGGCCUCGACAUGGCCGCCACCUCGCCCUUCCCGCGCCAGAGCCACUGGCUGCUCCGCCAAACCCCACGUUACCGCCGUGCCCGCGCCUACAAGACUCGCCUCAUCCAAGAACGCAUCGCAGACGCCAAGCGCAGGCUGGUGGCGGUGGUGGGAGAGUUCACAGGCAUCACCUGCGCCACAGACCACCUCGUGCGCCGCGAGACCCUCGCCGCCGCCAAGGAGAACCGCCCGCCCGCCUACGACAGCCCCGAGGCCAAGGACGAGCUGUUCGGGUUCCUGAUCGGCGGGCACGACACCACGGCGACGACCAUGAUGUGGGCCGUCAAGUUCCUGGCCGACCACCCGCGCGUGCAGACCAAGCUGCGAGACAAGCUGCGCAGACGACAACAACAACAACAACAACAGCAGCAGCAGCAGCAGCAGCAGCAGCAGCAGCAGCACUUUUCCUCCUCCUCCUCGUCCUCCUGCGACAGUCCCAACCAGGCCGCCGCCGCCGCCGCCGUCGUCCCCACCGCCGACGCCAUCACCUCGGCCCAGAUCCCCUACCUCGACGCCGUCGUCGAGGAGAUCUUUCGGUGCGCGGGCACGGCGGCGUCGGCGGUGCGGCAGGCCACGCGCGACACCCAGCUGCUGGGCUACGCCAUCCCCAAGGGCACAGACGUGUAUUUCAUGUCCAACGGGCCCGGCUACGUCCUCCCCAACACGCUGAACGAGACCAUCGCGGAAGAGCAGCGGUCGCCGUCGUCGCGGGAGGCCAAGGAGAACAUGGUGGCGGCGGCGGCGGCGGCGCCAGGAGCAACAAGAGUGCGGCAGUGGGAUGCAGAGGACAUUGGCGUCUUCAAGCCCGAAAGGUGGCUCAGAAGGAGAAGGAGGGGGGAAAGGAAGGAGGAGAAAGAGAAGGAGGAAGAAGAAGAAGAGGAGGAGGAGGAGGAUGUGUUUGAUGUGCACUCUGGGCCUGUGCUGCAGUUCGGGGGUGGCCUGCGCGGAUGUUUCGGGAAGAGGCUGGCGUACCUUGAAAUGAGGGUUCUGGUCGUGGUCAUGGUCUGCAUGUAUGAGCUGCUGCCCGUGCCAGAGAAGCUUGGGGGCUACGAGGCCUUUGACAGCCUCACGCACAAGCCCAAGAACUGUUACCUGUUGUUGAGGGAGCUGGGGUAA